AUGCUAGGCGCUUUUCUACAUGGAGCGCAAUCUCCAGAAUCAUUCACAGGUGCAGAUGAACAAGAUCCAAUUAUAUGGUUACAAGAUGUCGAACAAAUGUUUGAAACUGCUAGUGUAAGAUCGGAGGAUCGUAGAAAAUUAUUACCAAUGUAUUUUCUGGGUGAUGCUAAGAAAUGGGACUUCAUGUUAAAUUCGUACUCGUAACGAGAUGAAAAACGCUUACGUGCAUCUAGUAUUGGCUGUUUGAACUCGUACGAGUUUAAAAACAUGUUACAAGCUGAAAACUGUCUUAUGUUCCAAUAAAGUAUAGGGGAGGCUGUUUUAAACUCGUACGAGUUUAAAAGGAUGUUACGAGUUGAAAACUGUGUUAUGCUGUAAUAUAGUAUAGGGGAGGCUGAGGAGGUGGCUGGGGAGGCUGGGGAGGCUGUUUUGAACUCGUACGAGUUUAAAAACAUGUUACGAGUUGAAAACUG